CCGAUUUUCAGAUUUGUUUAUAUGAAAUAUUAAAAUAAAUGUUUAAAUAGAAAAACCCCAACAAUAUCUGUCUAUACCGAACAAUCAUUUUUGCAAUUUUUAUGUGGAAUUCCUCCCUUUACUGCCUUUCAUCUCAUUUUUGAAAUGGCAGUACUGAUUAUUUCACAUUCGAUGUGUGGGACUAUUGCAAAACAAUAUCAGUAAACACUGACGGACUAUCUCACUUCAGUAAUUUCUGACAAAUCAUCAAUAACAUAAUGGAUUUUAUGCGAAAAUUGGUUAGAGGGAGUACUGUUAUUUCAUCAUCGUCCUCAACAUCGAGCGAUAACACAUAUGAGCUGCUAACAUUAAGAAGGAAAUUUCUGGAAAUCAGUCAUUCACAAAGACCGACUUCCACCAAAGAUCAAGAGGAUAAACUAUAUUCUAUGCUGCCAUUGUUUUAUGAGAUCUUCAUUUCUGCACCACCAAAGUCUAUGAGAGAAAAAUUUGGGGAUGUUUUGCAGUUCGCAACUCAGGUAUCCAGGCUCAUGGUCACUGAAAUACGAAGAAGAGCAUCAGAUAAAACUACUGAAGAAGCAAGCGCCGCGAUCACAGACUUUUUGCUCGUUCAAGAUAUUGAAGAAAAAAGUAGAGGAUGGAUUUUACUCAAUGUUUUAUCACUCCUCGCAGCCGGAGGGCAGAAUGUUGUGGACUGUAUGACGACAAUGCAUCUGCCUUCUACGCUUGUCAAAUGUUUGUAUCUGUUUUUCGAUUUGCCACCUAUAUCUCUCGAGGUAGAAGGACCUAUCCCAUCUGAAGGUUCAUUACACAGUGCUGGCCAUAACGACGAUCCGAACACAACUCCGAGAAAAUCUGACAAUGCCUCAAAUAGAUUUCAGAAUCAAACGCCCGUGGCAUCGUCACCCAAAUAUACAAAGUUUCAACAAGGCUCGAGAGUCAGAGUCGCAUCGGCUUUGCAAAAGCAAACAUUGGCGAGAAAAGAGUCUGGAAAACAAGCGCUGAUGGAACACGCGAAAUCAAGCACAUCAAUAAAAAGAAUGGAAUUGCAAAAAGUUUUCGUUCAGACAUUGGUUCGACUAUGCAAACAUAUAUCACCAGCUGAAGAAUUAUCUCACCGAGAUGAUCUUGGUUUAUUAUUUUCUGCCGUUACGUCUUGGUGUCCCCCACACAACUCAGUAUGGAGACAAGCAGCGUCUGAAGUUCUCAAUGUAAUCUCAAGACAUGGACUCAGUCACAAUGUAGUGCAGUAUAUAAGAAGUAAACAUUGCAUAUCAACAUGCAUCGACAACCUACGACGUUCCAUGCACAGUUCGAUGAAAAGUGCUACGAGUGAUGCACAAGAGAUAUCACUCAGCACAGAGGGUGAAAUUUCAGAUCUAGAUCUGGUCGAUGCUCUCGUAAGCAUAAUGAGAUUCGUCAGAGACACAGCCGACGUCACACAAAUGAUUUUAGAGGAUUUUCGACAAUGCAAUGGCUACGGUUUCUUGACUGAAUUUUUAUUGAGAUUGGAACUUUUAGCCGAAGGAAGUGAAAAUCACAGAGAAGGCGUACGAAGUAUUGUCAGUAAUUUAGAAAUUUUAACGACAUCUGGUUUCGUGGAGUUAAAUCCAGGCCCUGCUGUUCAAGCUUCUCCUUUUCAAGCUCAUUUUGAGGUCCCUGAACCUGUUGGAAAAGGGGCGAGUGUUCGCAAUCUUCAAGCUUUCCAAGUUUUAGAACAGGCUUUCAUUCGUGGUAGAACGAGCCUAUUAUGUCUUGGUGUUUUAGACGGAAUUUUGAAUGUUUAUAGAAGAGAUCCCGCUAACUAUUUUAUUCUGGCUGGGCAACACACACUGUCAACUUUUGCGGAACCAUUGUUGGAAAAGAGAUUUGAUGUUUUAUCCAAGUAUUUUUCUCUACUUGAAUUUGUUGCACUUGAAUUGUCGUUCGUUCCAUGCAAAGAACUAGUCAGUCUCACUCUUAUACUGAAGGAUGACAGGUCGCUACAAUGCAGUAUUGCUUGUGUUGAAAGUCUUCGUAAGAUAAUUGCUUCUAAUUCCAAGUUAUACAGAGAAGUCUACCGAGAAGUUGGAGUUUUAGAAGUACUCGUGACAUGCCUACAUAAGUACGCAGCAGUUUUAAAAAGUUCAGACGAAUUAGAGGAAAGUCGAACAAGACUCGGACAAUUGAGCAUGGAACUUCUUGCCGAGUUGCUGAAAAACUGUCCUGCAAAUGCUGGUGUUUUUCGGGAAACUGGAGGUGCGCGGUGUGCCCACAAUCUCGUACCGUUCUCUGAAAGUAGAUCUCGUGCUUUAAAUAUUGUGGAAACACUGAUUCUUCAACCACCUGGUUCAUCCAGUGAUGAUGAUGACAUGGGGACUUUACUUGGGUUAUUAAGCACUGUUCCACCUAAAGAUCUCAUUCUGAAAACUGAUAUUUUGAAGUCACUUCUCAAGGUUAUUACUGAAAGUCGUGAUGCAAGAAUAGUAUUUCGUAAAGUUGGAGGAUUCAUCAAUGUCAUUUCAGUAUUGGUAUCUGUGGAAGGUUGCUUGGAAGAUCCUCCCGUUGGUUUAUGGGCAGCAUUACAACUACACGAUAUAUUGAAAUUACUUGAAGUUACAUUCCAAACACUGUGCGUCGCUCUCAGAUUGCCUUCAAAUAAAAGAUUUUUUCAUGCAGAGGUUCAAUUUGAAAGCUUACGUAGUGCUGUAAGAUAUCUUGGUUGUUUUACUGAUGACUGUGAAGUGGAUAAACUGAUUGCAAAGGGAGAAAAGGAAACUGACAAUGCUACCAAUACAAAUGAGACACUAUCAGAUCUCAAACCAUCAGAUUUGCCACUAAUCACUUCAUCUCUAGGGUUUCUGGACCCGAUUAGCUUGCUGUCUUCUUCUCUUCCGAGCAGUGAGGAGAGUCAUCAAAUAUGGACCAAUAAUUGUGUCAGUGUACUCUCAGUAUUUCGAUUCCUCUACCUUCUUGCAACGGAUUCGUUUAAAGAUGAAGUGUUAUGUAAGAUUUUACAAUUGGAGGAUCAAAAGUCAUCUUCAACAACAACAUCACCAGAUUCUAUCAGCAGUAAAUCAUCACCUUCCCACGAUUAUCAUCAUAAAAAUAUUCAGCAUUGUCAUCAUUCGUUAGUUAUUGAUAUUAUGAUGUUACUCGUUCCUGUUAUUCCUGCUCGACCAUCAAGACAAAUGCAGAUUGAUUUGCAGUAUUACAUUUUGGAACAAAUCAAUUCGCUUUUAAAUUUGGAGAGGAACGAGCAGAUACUGUGCAAAAGUGGUUUGCUCUCAACUCUUCUCAGAAACUACUCAGAUAUUUUAUGUGAUGAUUCUCAUCCACUUAAUUCAGCUAUACAAAGAAUAAUGGAACGACUUGCUACUCAGACUGUUUCUCCAAGAGAGUUAAGGGAUUUUCUCAGAAUUGGCGAUCCAUUACAUUGCAAAGAUGAAUUCAUAAGCAAUGGUACAAUCAGUCUAUCAAGAGUGAAAAAUCUGGUAUCGAUGUCAACACCACGAAACAUGGGAUUUCAAGAAGAUGGUGCUGUCAAUUAUUUCAAUCUGCCUGGAUUUAUCGAGUUUGAUAUGAAUAGACAGGGUUGCAGCUAUCUCUUUAUUCCAAGUUUGUUUCCUCAAGCUGCUUACACCAGUUCAGUUGUCGGACAGACAGACGCAAGCAUCAUUUCUGGAAUUGGAAUAGGUGAACGUCCUUUUCCACCACCCGCAGGACUUGCAGUAUCAGCAUGGGUUUAUAUUGAAAAAUUCUGUCCUCAUCGACUUCACCCAAUCAGACUUCUUACUGUGACAAGAGAGGUUAAUAUUAAUAAUUCGCAAGUGCAAUAUACAUGCCUGUCAAUUCACAUCACUGCUAAAGAUAAGAAUAUAAUCAUUUCAACACAAGAAGAAAACUUUGAACAUAUGGGUCCAGGUGAUAUAGAAAUUGGGAACGAAUUGAUUUCAGCAUCUGCAGUCUUUCCAACAAAAAAAUCAAUUCAUGAGUCACAAUGGUAUCAUAUUGUUGUUGUCAUCAACAAAGCAACUGUCUUAAAACACAGUACUGCUGCAGCAUAUUUAAAUGGAAGAUUGCUUGGGACAUCAAAGUUGAGAUACAUUCACACAAAUCCAGGCGGAAAUUCAGCUAAUUCUGCAAUCCAAGUUCGUGCAUAUGUGGGUACACCACCAAGACUCAGUGCUCGAUCUCCUCUACUUUGGCGUCUUGCAUCCUUCCACAUCGCAGACGAUUCGUCAUUUGUAACAGCUUCAAGUGUAGCAACUCAAUAUCAACUUGGACCAUCCUACAUUGGAAAUUUUCAAGCUGUACCUCUGUCUGAUGGAGGUUUUGGACCAGUUUUAUCAGAAGAACAUCUAUGUUUCUCAUUACAUCCACAUGCAUGUGAAACAUCAUCUGGCGCUAGAAUUCGGAGACAAUGCAUGAAGUUUGACAGCAAAUCUAUUGCAAACGAGCUGAAGUUGGGAUUGAAUGAGGGUCUUACUCCAAUUAUUCUGGUCCGUAAUUCUUGUUCCCAUAUGCCUGGCCUUGCAAGAUCUGUUGGUGCAGUAGCAGUGUAUGAUCAAGCAUCUGCAGCUGUCAGAAAUUUUAUGCCAGGACAAGUAGCUAGAGUUCUACAGAAUGUUGGUGGCAGUGCAGUAAUAUUAAGUCUAGUUUCUAUGGCAACUGAUGUUGAAGGUCUAUAUGCUGCAGUCAAAUCAUUGGUUUGUAUUGUUAAAAACAAUCAGGCAGCUGCAAACGAAAUGGACAGAAAAAGGGGAUAUCAGGCUCUUGCAAUGCAUUUGAAAAGAAAGAAAGCUUUGUUAAACUCCCAUGUUUUGCAUCUGACUUAUUCACUCGCUGGUACAGUAGAUGUUGGAAGAGAAUCUGCAACCAUUCCAAAUAUCACGGCUUUUGAAGAUUUAUUAUGUGAUUUGGAGGUAUGGCACAAUGCUCCUGAUGAACUACAUCGAUCACUGUUGGAACAUAUUUAUGGACUUCUUACUGAAUCAAGUGACACAAAUGAGAAUUGCAAAAUCAUAAAAGAACGUGGAAUGGUUAAACGUUGUCUUCAUUUUGUGCUUGGAGAUUCAUCCCUCUCUUUAGGAACCAUUCGUGCAAUAUUUCGAAUCAUUCAAGCAUUGCUCAAUACUUCCGGAAACCACUCAGAUUUGCUUAGAUUUGGUCAAUUUCUUGUUUCAACUAUUCCUCCUCUUGAUGAGUAUGAAACAUCUAUAGAGCUGAGUGAACCAGAGACUGAUUUCAAGAAAUGUACUCCAGUAUCGACAAGUGCGGAUCCAACAAGAAUGAACAACAAUGUAUGUGAAAGAACAAUACAUAUGAGAAACAUGGGAAUCAAGUUGUUGAGAGAAUGUUUGUAUGAAGAUGCGUCUGGCAAACCAAAUAUAACGUUCUGUGAGGAUAUUCAACGAACGUUGGGAUGGGAUUGGAUGCUGCUAUUCAUGCAGGAGAAUAUUCACUCUUCUACUGUGGUUGAAAUCACACUUCUGCUAUUGGAAACUCUAAGAUGUGGUUCCACUGGAUUCAAGUAUUCCCAUCAUUCCUCGUCAGUAUCAAGCUCAUCAUUGUCAUCUGCUGCUUUAUCCACAUCUUCGUCUCUUGUCGGAGCAGCUGGUGUUGCAGUAACCGGUAUCAGUUCGAAUUCAACAUCUUAUAACACGGCUUAUGAAAGAUUUAAAUACGGUGAACUUUGCGGAGGAUGGCUGGAUGGCACUGAAGCUAUUCUGGAGAGCAGUGCAGACUCAUUACUUGGUUUCAAUGUUGGUUCUGCUUCAGACAAACCAUAUCAUCGACAAGUUUGUAGAGAAUCUUGUUCUAUUGCUGGAUUUUCUGCUCUCGCUACAUAUCUUCUACGGCACAUGAAUUCACCAAGAUUGUAUAUUGCUUUGUUACAAUUCGCUGUCUCUGAUAAACUCAGUGACCCACCAGACUUGAAACAGAUUGAUUUGGACACCAUGUAUGAAUAUAUAUUUGGUUUGAAUGCAAAUGCUGGAGGACCUGCAAGUCCUCGAUCUAAAUUGAAGCCAAGUUCUAGUUUUACUGGAAUUUCCCAAUCAAAUCAAGCAUCGGUGGCAAUGAGUCUCGAAAUCUUUCAAGUUAUCUUAUCCAUGGUCAGAUCCAUGAUAAAUCAGAAAUGGCAGAAUGAACCAUCAACCUCAUGGCUACAAACAUAUCCAAUUGUUAUGCUUCAAACAUUGAUAUUUAUUUAUCAAUUCAAUUACAAUUCUUUGGCAUCAGUAUUUGUAUCUCAUGAUUUCAUAUCUUAUCUUUGUGCAACUAUCUUUCCAACUGAAGAUAACACAUUUUAUAUGGUUCCAUAUUUUUCUAUCUCUGGAACAAACAGCAAAACUGCUACGUCCAGCGUUCCGACUACUCCAAACGAAGAAAAUCCUAACAAUAUCCCUGCAUCAUUCACGUCUGAUACUCUAAACAAGGAAAGUCUACUUUCUACCCAUCCAUGCAAGAAGUUUAUCUUCAGUCUUAUUCAGCAUAUUAUAUUUGAUUCUUUAUCUUUGCCAUCAACGUCGUCAAAUUCAGGGAAGCAUGCACAAGUUAUUGAUAUCAUACUAGAGUUUUCACCAGAACGAUGCACAACAUCGCAACUAAAGGAGUUUCAAACAGACAUCAUAAACCAUCUUUUUUCCAAUCUUAUUGCUGCUGAACCGUUCUUGGGAGAAACCGGUGUUCUUUUGACCCAUGGAAACCUCUCGCAUACCGGGAAUGCAAAUACUAAAAAAGGAAAUUCAAAUGUAGGAGCAGCAUAUGAUAAUAUUCAACAAAAUGUCGCUUACUUUGCUUCAAGAGUUGUGGACAGAGUAUGGUUAGACAUGUAUAACCAAGACACAAAAACUAUUUUUGAAUUCAUUCGAAAGCUUGUUGUUCAAGGCAGACAUAAAGCUAGCAAAUGCUCCUCAUCACUACUGGAUAGUUUGUAUCGAAGUCUAUAUCGAGUCAUCUUAUAUCAACUAAGUCGACGACAUCAAAGUGUAUCUGAGCAGAUGACAGUACUCGAUGCAUUACACAGUCUUACGUCAAACCAAGAACUUAUUUUUGAUGCCAAAAGAAAUGAUCACUUAUUUGUUUCUGGAUUGUGCCAUUGUCUUUUUAUGCUUUCUGGUGACAGUGCUGGUGUUGGAUUUGGGGUGGAGGAAAUACAAAGACAAACAACCUGGCAUAUUGUAAAUCAUGAUAACACUGUCUCAGAAAUUGAAACAGCUGAAGAAGCAGAAAACCCAUCAGGUCCUGGACAGCCAGCAACUCCACAAGAAAAAGGCAAAAUCUUAUUGUCUAAAUCAGCAGCGAGAGUAUGGGGAGAACUGAUGUCAUCAAAGAAAAAUGCAGUGGAAGAUAUAUACAAGGUAUCCUUCCAUGAUCUUGGGUCCAGUCAAUCCAAUCUGGAUUCAGCAAGAUUACGAAUCAAAGAGUCAGCUGCAAAAUUAUGGUCCAAUUAUCUCACUCUCGAGAAAAAGGGUCAAGCCGGAACAAAGGAAAUUGUAUACUUAAAUAAAUUGGCAAAAAAAAUGUCAUCACUUGCAAUGUUAGGAUCUGGAAGAAAAACAAAGAAGGAGACUGGAAAUAAAUCACACAGACAUUUUACAUUGCAAGACAGUACAGUCUGGGCAUUGAAUCACAUGACUGUGGUACAAGAUCUCGUGAAUUUUCAACAUAAUAGUUUCAGACAGGAUCAAGAUCACUUGGUAAGAUAUGCUGAUGAAGAAUGGACGGAAAUUGAAAAAGAAUUAGUUCGAGAAAGGGGAGUAUGGGGGCCAGAGAAACCAACUUCUCUUCAUAAGUGGAUGUUAGACUCUACGGAAGGCCCAUGUCGCAUGAGAAAAAAGAUGACAAGAAACGAUAAUUUUUAUGAACACUAUCCUCAUCGGACGAAAGAAGAAAUCGUUUUAUUGAAAAUGAAACAUCGAAAGCCGAUCAGCAAGGACAGCAUCAAACAGUACAUGCACAUUCAUGGUCUUCCGCCAGAAUAUGAAGACGAUGUUGAAGAAUCAAUAAUUGCUUCAAAUCGAAUUCCAAAACCUGUUCCUAAACAAGACUCGACCGAUUCUUUAUCGGAAAACGAAGUUGACAAUGAAGUCAACAAGAGCGAAAUUUCUAGCGAAAUCAACGAGAAGAUUGUUUCGAAUUCGGAUGAUAUCGGAGAUCAGGAUACAGUUGUUGAGAAUGGAAGUAUUCUUGAUGAUACACUGACGGAAAAACAAGAUAAAAAACUGUUUGAUAAUGAGAGCGAUUCGACCAGCAGUACAGAUGAAAGUCACACGGAAGCUGAAGCAACAUUCACAGAAGACGCGGAAAAUAAUGCUGAGGAUGUCAAGAAAACUGAGGUCGCUGAAUCGGAUGGAAUUUCUGAAACUGACGAAUUACCUGAUUUGGUGGAAGUAGGACAGAAUUCAAACAAAGAUGACAAAUCAAAUCAAGAUUCAACAAAAGAAUUUCCAACUUCUGAGUCUCAAGCAAGCCUGGUUGAACAAGAAAAUAAACCUGACAAUCAGACUGUUUUGAGACUACUAGAGGAUGGAGAGAAAAUAAGACAUAUGUUCCGUUGUGCAAGAGUACAAGGUCUUGACACCUACGAAGGAUUACUACUUUUUGGAAAAGAUAAUUUUUAUAUCAUUGAUGGUUUCACAAUGUUAAAGAGCAAAGAAAUUCGAGAAAUUGUUUCGCUACCACCAGCAUAUCACGAACCAAUCAUUCCUCAGCAAUCAAGACCAGGUCAUAAUCCUGAUGAUGAUCCAAACAAACCAUUCCAAGCACCUCCUUCGCUUGCAUCAUACUCACAUUUAUGCAGUAGAUUUUCAUAUGAUCACAUUAGAGAAGUACACAAGAGGAGAUAUCUUUUACAGGAUAUUGCAUUGGAAGUGUUCAGUAGUGAUGGAAGAAAUUAUCUUAUCGUAUUUCCACAAGGAACAAGAAAUAAAGUUUAUCAGAAGUUUGUGUCAUUUGCAACUACGCUUGCUGAUAAUUCUAAAGAUCUCGUAAUCGGACAAAAAAGUAACGUCAAUAUUGAGCAACAAGGACCAGCACUGCUCACUAAUAUUAUGGGAGAAAAAACUGUGACACAAAGAUGGGAAAGAGGAGAAAUCAGCAACUUUCAAUAUCUCAUGUACAUCAACACAUUGGCUGGUAGAUCAUAUAAUGACUUGAUGCAAUAUCCUGUAUUUCCUUGGGUGCUAGCUGACUAUACUUCUGAGGUUCUAGAUCUCACAAAUCCAAAGACAUUCCGUGAUUUUUCAAAACCAAUGGGUGCUCAAACUUCAGACAGGCUACAGCAAUUUAAGAAAAGAUACAGAGAAUGGGAAGAUCUUGGAGGAGAUACCCCACCUUAUCAUUAUGGAACACAUUAUUCUUCAGCAAUGAUUGUUGCUUCUUAUCUUGUAAGAAUGGAACCAUUUACUCAACAUUUUCUUCGAUUGCAGGGAGGUCACUUUGAUCUGGCUGAUCGCAUGUUUCACAGCAUUGGAGAUGCCUGGCAUUCAGCAAGUGAAAAAAACAUGGCCGACGUCAAGGAAUUAAUCCCAGAAUUUUUCUAUCUUCCUGAGUUUUUACUCAACUCAAAUAACUUUGAUCUAGGUCAAAAACAGAAUGGAAUUAGACUUGAUGACAUUAUUCUUCCAACAUGGGCCAAAGGUAGCACCAGAGAGUUCAUCCGGGUCCAUAGAGAAGCUUUAGAAUGUGACUAUGUUUCAGCACAUUUGCAUGAAUGGAUUGAUCUAGUCUUUGGGUUCAAGCAAAAAGGUGAACCAGCUCUAGAAUCGCACAAUGUUUUCCAUCAUUUGUUUUAUGAAGGAGAAGUUGAUAUUUAUACCAUUGAAGAUCCAUUAAGAAGAAGUGCAACAAUCGGUUUUAUUAAUAAUUUUGGACAGAUUCCUAAACAACUCUUCAAAAAACCACACAUGCAAAAAAGAAUUUCUUUAAAACCUCCCACACAAGAGCAAGAAAUAAGUGUUGCAUUAUCAUUGUCACCAUCAGCAUUUGGAGCUGGACCUCCUCUUGAUAAAGUAUUUUACAGACAUCUGGAUAAUUUAAAGUGUUCGAGUGGACCAGUGAAAGAACUCAAAGGGCCGGUUGGAGAAAUUGUCAUCACUGAUCGUGGUGCGUUAGCAACAGAAGAAUCUAAAAUCUUAAUACCAUCACAGUAUUCAAGAUAUCUUAGUUGGGGUAGUCGCGAUCUCAGUAUAAGGAUUGGAUAUUAUGAAAGCGAGAGAGCAAUGCAGAUAUUUGAAAACCUUGAUUGUGGGGAAAUUAAAUGUGUAACAAUGCCAAAUGAAACAACACUAGUAACUGGUGGUACAAGUACAGUGGUAUAUGUAUGGAAACUACCUAGUCCCAAGGACAAAAUCAAAAAUCUUCAAUUAAAGCAGUCACUGUAUGCUCAUACCGACACAGUUACAUGUCUCGCAUCCUGUUCCGCAUAUGGUAUAUUGGUCAGUGGAUCACAAGAUUGCACUUGCAUUGUAUGGAAUUUGAAUCGAUUAUCGUUUGUCCGACAAUUGCGGGGACAUAAAAGCGGAGUCGCUCACACAAGUAUAAAUGAACUAACGGGUGACAUUGUAACAAGCGAUAACACUCAUGUACAUGUAUGGUCCAUCAAUGGAGAUCAUGUUGCUUCAGUGAAUACAACAUUAAUGAAUGCAAGGCGACAACAUAUAACUGCGAUCGCAAUUUCAAAAUUGAAUGAAUGGGAUUAUGAUUCUGUUAUUGCGACUGGACACAGCGAUGGAUAUGUUCGUUUUUGGAGAUUGGAAUACGUACAAGUUCCGGAGCAAUCAAAAUCUGGUGAACACGAUGACCAACAAAGUAUAAAAUCAAUGGGACAGUACGAUAUUGUGAAUCGAACAAAACCAUUGACUCUUGCACACGAUGUUAAAAGCCUUGACAGUCUUUCUAUUGCAAGUGGAAAUGUCGGGUCAGAUUUCGCCAUUGCCGAAAAAGCACAAUCUGUUGACAGUCUCAGUCAAGUUCCAACUUUUAAAUUGAAAGAUAAAAUUUUAACGAAAGCUUCCGCACCUGACACUAUAUCUGUUUUAUCAAUGGGAGAACUGGCUGUUUUACCAUGGAAUGAUGUUCCGGCUCUCGAACUAGCAAAUUCGAAAGCAAAAGAUGACUUCACUUUGGCAGCAGAGCAAAUGUUUCCUGAGGUUAAAAAUGUAGCCGGAAACUCCAGAAUAUCUUUAACCUCAUCUACGGAAAAUCUAUCGGCCAAAAACAACAAAAAGAAGGACACAGAUAACAUGGAAGCCGGAUAUGUUAGAGUUGAAGCCACAAGAACUGAUAAUGAACAAUCGGGUUCGCCGUCACAUUCAGCCAAACAAGCAGAAAAAACUACAAACAGAGGUUCGCCAACUUCAAGCACAGAUGAAAGUUUUGUUAUGGUCGAUAAGAAACAUGUUGAAACGCAACAAGCUAAAGAUGCAAGAUUAUUGCUUCCAGGUUUUGUAUGGCAGCAGCAAUUGAUAUUGAAAGGAAAAAUUCAAGUCGAUCAAGCAAUUGAUAAAACAGGAAGGUUAGUCGUUCCUGACAUCACAGCAAUUGCAAUGUCAAAAGAUCACCAUAAAAUAUAUGUUGGAGAUAAAAUGGGUCGUAUUUAUUCAUGGAUGUCUGCAGAUUGAUGAUGACUUACCUAUAUUGUAUAUUAUGACAUCACAAACGAAUCACUGUUUAUCAUCUUAAUAAUGCAGUAGACAACGUAAUACAAUGAAGCAUAACGUUCGAAACACAAUCAGCAUUGGGGGUUCUAUCUGAGUCACAAAUGUUCGCUACUCGUUGGAUUUCAUCAUUUUUGUGUCAAAAACGUAUUUUUAAACCUAUUUUCUGCUUUUCAAUCAUUUUAAUGAAGACGUGGGCUAGGAAUCGACAUCAUCAUUUUUCAUAUUGUCUUUUCAUAGUCUAAUUCGGUAUCGAAAUGUCAUCUCUAAUUAGCAAUUCAUCAUAAUUACCUAUAUCACACCAUUUCAAUCUGAAAAUCUACCAUUAUAAUACUGUCAUAUCACAUACAAGGCAAUUUCACCGAUAUAAUCUGUAUGAAAAAUUGCACUUUUCGCUUAUUAACCAUUCGACAUUGCUUUUUUUAUGUAGGCUUUCUUUGUUAGUAUAUGUAUGUGCAAUAAUAUAAUAUUGUUAACUAGUGCCGAUGGCUGGGAGGUUUUAACAAAUAAAUUUUGUUUAAAAUGUUGAUUGCCUGCUUGUAAAUCAUAUUUCUUGUUGUCCUCGUUGCCAUUAUCGAACUUUUGAUUCUUUUUUUUUCCUGUCGCCGAUUUUUAUUAAUAUUCAUUAUAAUGAGGGUUGUUAGUAACAGUUUUGUCUCAUGAAAUUCUUUGGCCGCAUUUGAUUAUUUUGAGCCUCCGAAGUAGAUCUCGAAACUAGAGAAGUGGUUCCGAACACUACAUCUUGUUUAAAACCUUACUUGAAAUUUUGACUCCAAGAUAGAAAAAUGUAGGUUUGGGCAUUUAAAUGAUUCUGACUUAGCUGAAAAUUCGACUUCUAUUCGAUGUGUUCUGAGUUCCUAAAUCGUGAGUUGUGAAUCAAGUCGAGUCACAAUCCUGUAUCGGUUUCGAGUUGAUCACAUAGAUGAGUUUCUCCGGCAGUUGAUUGAUUACCAGUCCGAACUGUUCCAUUUGAAUGAAUUGACCGUCCGAACAUUAUUUCUAAUACCAAUACUCGGGAAUUCAAAAUUUUGACUUUGGCUCUUGAACUGCCGAGAUCUGAAUAGACAACUCCAGUUUGAACUCUCAAACUUCCGAGCUGCUGAGUUCUGUGGCGCAAAGUAUGUUUUAUAUCUAUUAACAAAUUUCAGAAAAUAUUUCGGGCACACAAAACUCGUUCAUAACCUAACCUACCACGAUUUCCAUUCCUUUUUAUUCGUGGUCAUAUCAUAUGAAUAAUUUUGUCAGUAGAUCCAAAUCAAAAGUUCAUUAUUACUCAUUUUCUAUGUAGCAACCGUUUUUUUUUAUUCUAACCAAUCUUUUGCUAUUAAUUUAAUAACGCUUUAUUCGUAGUAUAAAUCCUUUCUCAUGUAUUGCUCGCUUGUUUUAGCACUUUCAACCACGCUGCUAUCCGCAAUAAAUUUGCCUAUUUUAGCGCUGAAAAAUGUUAUCAAAAAGACUAUUCGCAAUAUUAAAAUUCGGAUAGAAUUUUUUUUAUACCGAUAUACCGAUUUAUGUAAAAAAUAUUCUCCUGCCAACUCACAACUUUAGGUUAACACUGAAAAAGUAUUGAUAUCACAAUUAUUCGCCAUAUUUUUUAAAUUCGCGUUCGGUAGUUAAACAUGUGAUUGGAGCACCGUUUCCGCGUUUAAUGUUCGGCGCAAGCUUGAUUAGACUUAUGCCUUUUGCAUCCAUUUCGACCCCAGUGUUAUUUUAACUACAUAAUUAUUAUUUCCGCUCUUUGUGCUUUUUCUUUUCGACUAUCUUCUAUUAUUACUGUUAUUAUUAUAUCCCUCUGUCACGUAAAUAAUAUAAUUAAAAUGAUGAGUA